UCUGAGUGGAGAUGUCAACGGUUUAUUUUCAGCAAGCAAGGGAUUACAUUCUCCGUGGUGGAGAUGGAUCUUGUGGCAUUAUUAUUAGUCCAGACACUGUAGCCACAUACUUGCAUGACAAUCAUACUCAAUGGGUCGUAGGGCAGGAAGUGGCAUUUUAUCAGAGGGAUGGCACAAAAAUAAAGCUGAAGGUGAGUAACAUUCACCCUCCAGGUGACACUAUUCUUCUUAAAUCUGCCCAGCAAAGGAUGAAUGCUCCAGACCUUAACACAGAUGACGUAGAUACCCUUUGUGGUGCAAAAUACAUGAUGAUUGGGCUCUCAGGAAAGGAUGCCGCUCUUCGUCCACGAGAGGGCAUUCUUCAAGGCGCAGCUCGACAUGGCCCAUAUAUGAUAGGCUCGAGUGGGUCAAGCAAAGGUGACUCUGGCGGUGGUGUAUUCGACAUUAACAAUCCCGACAUUUUAUUAGGAAUGAAUAUUGGACACAGCCCCAACAUUGAAUAUGCUGUUCAAGAUUGCUACACACCACCAUCGGCAUGGAUAGUACCAAGUGGUCUACUCAAGCUACUCUCCUGAUCACUCUCUUCUGUCAUACUU